AUGUAUAGAAGGAACUACACACCUCCUCGAGAUCACGAAGAAAGGGAAGAUCGUUGGACACCACUUGCCGCGCCAAUUGAUCACAUCUUCGAGGUUAAUCGUGACAAGGGACUCUUCCGCAGGCCAGCUCCACUAAAUUCCUGGCAAGCCAAGAAUAAGGACAAGUACUGCGAGUACCACGAAUCGACCGGGCAUGAUACCCAUGAAUGUAGACAACUGAAAGAGGAGAUCGAGUUGCUAAUCAAAGAAGGCCAGCUUAAUGAAUGGAUAGUGCGAGAAGCCCGGUCCCGACGGGAUAUCCGAGCCAAGGACAGAAGGGGGCUUGGUUAUACAGGCGAUCAAGAAAGGGGAAAGCAAGAGGACAUCCAGUUCGUUAAGGAGGGAAGCAUUCAUGUCAUCUUUGGAGGACCACAUUUGGCCGGUGAGGGGACCAGGGCUAUGGAGAGAUAUGCAAAGGAAGCGAAAGGUAGGCCCCUUACUAAUAUACAUAAUUUGUCAUCUAGACCGCCUAAAGUCUUUAGAGGCGAAGCCAUUGACAUUACCUUUUCAGAAGAAGAUGCCAGAUGGGUUCACCACCCGCACAAUGAUGCCCUGGUAAUCGCCCUUCGUAUUGGUCCAAUGAAUGUUCAUCGUGUGCUCGUUGAUAACGGAAGCUCUGUCAACAUUCUCUUUUAUGGCACCUACCAGAAGCUUGGCCUCCCUGAUAAGGAUAUGAAAGUUGAGGAUGUCUAUAUCUAUGGAUUUGGUGAGAGGCUGUAA